AUGGAUGUAAGUAAGGGCAAAGGAAAGAUGAAAGGUAAUCUGAUCAUUAAGACAUGGGAGAGAUGCAAAUCGCUUGGCAGCGGAAGCAAGAGAACGUCAAGACUGGUACGUUCUUUAACACCAAAGAGCAAAUCAUGGCCGCGGAUCAAAGUUUCACUAGAAGAUGAUCACGAAAAAGAACACUCAAGGAAACGGCGUGUAGCCCCUGAAGGUUGCUUCUCGGUCUAUGUUGGACCCCAGAAACAAAGGUUCGUGAUCAAGACAGAGUAUGCAAACCACCCACUAUUCAAGAUUCUGCUUGAAGAAGCAGAGUCUGAGUAUGGUUACAGCCCUGAAGGCCCUCUUACACUACCUUGCAACGUUGAUAUCUUCUGCAAAGUGUUGAUGACUAUAGAGGACACUGAUGUUGAUAACAAAAUUCAUCAAGGAUGUGGCUUUGCCAAGGAUUAUGGAUCUUAUCACCGUCUUAGCCCAUCUAGGAUGAUUGCUUUGAAUCAGUUCUGA